CUGCUAUAGGACUGACCCUUGACCCCCAGCCACAGCCACUCUCUUUUGUGCUCUCUUCCCUGCAGGUGCCCUUCUCCAACUGCAGCCGAGACUGCCUGGCAGGGACCAGGAAGGGGAUCAUUGAGGGGGAGCCGACCUGCUGCUUUGAGUGUGUGGAGUGCCCUGAUGGGGAAUACAGCGAUGAGACAGAUGCCAGUGCCUGUGACAAGUGUCCAGAUGACUUCUGGUCCAAUGAAAACCACACUUCCUGCAUUGCCAAGGAGAUUGAGUUUCUAUCGUGGACUGAGCCCUUUGGGAUCGCACUCACCCUCUUUGCCGUGCUAGGCAUUUUCCUGACAGCCUUUGUGCUGGGCGUCUUCAUCAAGUUCUGCAACACACCCAUCGUCAAGGCCACCAACCGAGAACUCUCCUACCUCCUUCUCUUCUCCCUGCUCUGCUGCUUCUCCAGCUCCCUGUUCUUCAUCGGGGAACCCCAGGACUGGACGUGCCGCCUGCGCCAGCCAGCUUUUGGCAUCAGCUUCGUGCUCUGCAUCUCAUGCAUCCUGGUGAAAACCAACCGUGUCCUCCUGGUGUUCGAAGCCAAGAUCCCCACCAGCUUCCACCGCAAGUGGUGGGGUCUUAACCUGCAGUUCCUGCUGGUUUUCCUCUGCACUUUCAUGCAGAUCGUCAUCUGUGUGAUCUGGCUGUACACUGCACCCCCGUCGAGCUACCGCAACCACGAGCUGGAAGAUGAGGUCAUCUUCAUCACAUGCCAUGAGGGCUCGCUCAUGGCACUGGGCUUCCUGAUUGGCUACACCUGCCUGCUGGCUGCCAUCUGCUUCUUCUUUGCCUUCAAGUCCCGGAAGCUGCCAGAGAACUUCAACGAGGCCAAGUUCAUUACCUUCAGCAUGCUCAUCUUCUUCAUCGUCUGGAUCUCCUUCAUUCCAGCCUAUGCCAGCACCUACGGCAAGUUUGUCUCUGCCGUGGAGGUGAUUGCCAUCCUGGCAGCCAGCUUUGGCUUGCUGGCAUGCAUCUUCUUCAACAAGGUGUACAUCAUCCUCUUCAAACCUUCCCGGAACACCAUCGAGGAGGUGCGCUGCAGUACCGCUGCUCACGCUUUCAAGGUGGCGGCCCGGGCCACACUGCGCCGCAGCAAUGUCUCCCGCAAGCGGUCCAGCAGUCUUGGGGGCUCCACGGGAUCCAUCCCCUCCUCCUCCAUCAGCAGCAAGAGCAACAGCGAAGACCCCUUCCCACAGCCCGAGAGGCAGAAGCAGCAGCAGCUGCAGCAGCCCCUGACCCUCCAGCCACAGCAGCCACCAACACAGCCACCCAGAUGCAAGCAGAAGGUCAUCUUUGGCAGUGGCACAGUCACUUUCUCCCUGAGCUUUGAUGAGCCUCAGAAGAACGCCAUGGCUCACAGGAAUUCCACACAUCACAACUCUCUGGAGGCCCAGAAAAGCAACGACACCCUGACCAAACACCAGGCGCUGCUCCCGCUGCAGUGCGGGGACACAGACUCAGAACUGACCAUCCAGGAGACGGGCCUGCAAGGGCCCAUAGGAGGGGACCUCCAGCCAGAGACUGGGGACCGGGAAGAGCUGUCCCCAGCCCUCGUCAUGUCCAAGUCCCGGAGUUUUGUCAUCAGCGGUGGAGGCAGCACUGUCACAGAAAACAUACUGCACUCCUAA